UGAAUGGCUCCGGGCCCUGGCCCUCGGCUCGUCUGAGGACCUGCCGCCCAGAGUGCGCUAUGCCGUCGGGAAGCGACCAGUCGCCGCCGCCCCCGCCGCCCCCGCCGCCCCCGCCGCCCGCGGCGGCCUCGGAGGAGGAGGAGGAGGGCGAAGGCGAGGCGGAGGACUCCGCGCAGGCGGCUCUGUCGCCGGUCGCUCAGACCCAGCUGCGGUUCGAGGAGCUGUGCGGCCGCCUCAACAUGGACGAGACGGCGCGGGCCGAGGCCUGGGAGAGCUACCGGCGCAUGAGCGAGAGCUACACGCUGGAGGGAAAUGAUCUUCAUUGGUUAGCAUGUGCCUUAUAUGUGGCUUGCAGAAAAUGUGUUCCAACUGUAAGCAAAGGAACAGUUGAAGGAAACUAUGUAUCUUUAACUAGAAUCCUGCGAUGUUCAGAGCAGAGCUUAAUUGAGUUUUUUAACAAGAUGAAGAAGUGGGAAGACAUGGCAAACCUACCCCCACAUUUCCGAGAACGUACUGAGAGAUUAGAAAGAAACUUCACUGUUUCUGCUGUAAUUUUUAAGAAAUACGAACCCAUUUUUCGGGACAUUUUUAAAUAUCCUCAAGAGGAGCAACCUCGUCAGCAAAGAGGAAGAAAACAGAGGCGACAGCCUUGUACUGUGUCUGAAGUUUUCCAGUUUUGUUGGGUGCUUUUUAUAUACGCAAAAGGUAAUUUCCCCAUGAUUAGUGAUGAUUUGGUCAAUUCCUAUCAUCUUCUGCUGUGUGCUUUGGACUUAGUUUAUGGAAAUGCCCUUCAGUGUCCCAACCGUAAGGAACUUGUGAACCCUAAUUUUAAAGGCUUCUCUGAAGAUUUUCAUGGUAAGGAUUCUAAACCUUCCUCAGACCCACCUUGUGUCAUUGAAAAACUGUGCUCCUUACAUGAUGGCCUAGUUUUGGAAGCAAAGGGAAUAAAGGAACAUUUCUGGAAGCCCUAUAUUAGGAAACUUUAUGAGAAAAAGCUCCUUAAGGGAAAAGAAGAAAAUCUUACUGGGUUUCUAGAGCCUGGGAACUUUGGAGACACUUUUAAAGCCAUCAGUAAGGCCUAUGAGGAGUAUGUCUUAUCUGUCGGAAAUUUAGACGAGCGGAUAUUUCUUGGAGAGGAUGCUGAGGAGGAAAUUGGGACUCUCUCGAGGUGUCUGAAUACUGCUUCAGGAACAGAGACUGCUGAGAGGGUGCAGGUGAAAAAUAUCUUGCAGCAGCACUUUGACAAGUCUAAAGCACUUAAGGUCUCCACACCACUUUCGGGGGUAAGGCCCAUUAAAGAGAGCAGCCCUUGUGUGACCCCAGUUUCCACAGCUACACAUAGCCUGAGUCGUCUUCACACCAUGCUAACAGGUCUCCGGAAUGUACCAAGUGAGAAACUGGAACGGAUUCUAAGGACAUGUUCCAGAGAUCCCACCCAGGCUAUUGCUAAUAGAUUGAAAGAAAUGUAUGAAAUAUAUUCUCAGCAUUUCCAGCCAGAUGAGGAUUUCAGUAAUUGUUCUAAAGAAAUUGCCAGCAGACAUUUCCGUUUUGCAGAGAUGCUUUACUAUAAAGUACUGGAAACUGUUAUUGAGCAGGAACAGAAAAGAUUGGGAGACACAGAUUUAUCUGUUAUUCUGGAGCAGGAUGCAUUCCAUAAAUCGCUCUUGGCCUGCUGCCUUGAAGUUGUCACUUUUUCUUAUAGGCCUCCAGGGAAUUUUCCAUUUAUUACUGAAAUAUUUGAUGUGCCACUUUAUCACUUUUAUAAGGUGAUAGAAGUAUUUGUUAGAGCAGAAGAGGGGCUUUGCAGAGAGGUGGUAAAACACCUGAAUCAGAUUGAAGAACAGAUCUUAGACCAUUUGGCAUGGAAACCAGGGUCCCCGCUGUGGGACAGAAUUAGAGACAAUGACAACAGAGUUCCUACAUGUGAAGAGGUUAUGCCACCUCAGAACCUGGAAAGAGCAGAUGAAGUUUGUGUUGCUGGCUCCCCUUUGACUCCCCGAAGAGUGAGUGAAAUUCGUGCUGAUGCUGGAGGACAUGGAAGAAGCAUGACCUCGCCAGCCACAUUAUAUGAUAGGUACAGCUCCCCUACAGCCAGCACUACCAGAAGGCGGCUAUUUGUUGAGAAUGAUAGCCCCUCUGAUGGAGGAACACCUGGGCGCAUUCCCCCACAGCCCUUAGUCAAUGCUGUCCCGGUGCAGAAUGUGUCUGGGGAGGCUGUUUCUGUCACACCAGUUCCUGGACAGACACUGGUCACCAUGGCAACAGCCACUGUCACAGCCAACAAUGGACAAACGGUGACCAUUCCUGUGCAAGGUAUUGCCAAUGAAAAUGGAGGGAUAACAUUCUUCCCAGUCCAAGUCAAUGUUGGGGGACAGGCCCAAGCUGUGACUGGCUCAAUCCAGCCCCUCAGUGCUCAGGCCCUGGCUGGGAGUCUGAGCUCUCAGCAGGGGACAGGAACAACCUUGCAGGUCCCAGGUCAGGUGGCCAUUCAACAGAUUUCCCCAGGUGGACAACAGCAGCAACAAGGCCAACCUUCAAACAGCAGCAGUAUUAGACCCAGGAAGACCAGCUCUUUAUCACUUUUCUUUAGAAAGGUCUACCACUUAGCAGGUGUCCGCCUUCGGGAUCUUUGUGCUAAAUUAGAUAUUUCCAAUGAACUGAGGAAAAAAAUCUGGACCUGCUUUGAAUUCUCCAUAAUUCAGUGUCCUGAACUUAUGAUGGACAGACAUCUGGACCAGCUGUUAAUGUGUGCCAUUUAUGUGAUGGCAAAGGUCACAAAAGAUGACCGGUCCUUCCAGCAUAUUAUGCGUUGUUACAGGACUCAGCCACAGGCCCGGAGUCAGGUGUACAGAAGUGUUCUGAUAAAAGGGAAAAGAAGGAGGAAUUCUGGAAGCAGUGAUAGCAGAAGCCAUCAGAAUUCUCCAACAGAAUUAAACAAAGACAGAACCAGCAGAGACUCCAGUCCUGUCAUGAGGUCAAGCAGCACCUUGCCAGUUCCACAGCCUAGCAGUGCCCCUCCCACGCCUACUCGGCUCACAGGUGCCAACAGUGACAUGGAAGAGGAGGAGAGGGGAGACCUCAUUCAGUUCUACAACAGCAUCUACAUAAAACAAAUUAAAACAUUUGCUAUUAAGUACUCACAGGCAAACACAACGGACGCCCCCCCGCUCUCGCCUUACCCCUGUAUAAGGACAGGCUCCCCCCGCCGGGUGCAGCUCUCUCAAAACCACCACAUCUACGUUUCCCCGCGUAAGAAUGAACCACUGCUUACUCCGCGAGAGAAGAUCUUCUACUACUUCAGCAACAGUCCCUCCAAGAGACUGAGAGAAAUUAACAGUAUGAUACGGACAGGGGAAACUCCAACCAAAAAGAGAGGGAUUCUUUUGGAAGAUGGAAGUGAAUCACCUGCAAAAAGAAUGUGCCCAGAAAACCAUUCUGCCUUAUUACGCCGCCUGCAAGAUGUAGCUAAUGAUCGAGGUUCCCACUGAGGUUAGUCUUUUGCAUUGGAACUGUCUUUUCACCAACUCUGGUUAGCAGCCUUUGAUGCACACUAGGGGCUCUCUUCCUUAACCCAGCCUAUCAACUAGUGCGUGUCAGAAGGAUGAAGAGAAGUUUCUGUGAGAUUUUGAACUUAUUCCUUCCAGUAUCCUCACAAUACUUUUAUUUAUCCCAACUGUCUUUUUGUCUACCAUUCAAUGCUUACCAUCAAGGCUGCUUAGAAUCCAAACCUGGAUUUUUAACUAUUGGGCAAAGCUUUCACAAAUAUUGCAAAGAACAAAGCAAGUUCAAAUAUGUGUAUUAGAAAUUUCUGUUGACAUGCUCCAACAGAGGAACUGUAUUUCAGAUUCAUUCCUACCUGUUUUGUGGUCACCUCUGGUCCUCAUGCAAAGCGAAAAACAAAAAACAAAAAAAACUAGGUAUUUUGUCCUCCAUCACUUUGUAGGAGUGUGAGAUUUUUUACAUUCCUGAAACAGAACAGGGGAGAACCCAGAUUCGGCAGUGCUUGGUCAUCAGCCCUCGUUCCCUGUGUCUAGUGCUCUCCCAGUAGGUGUGGUGCAGUGUGGAAAGUGCUUGGUUGUUUAGCUGUGCAAUGUGUGAGUGAACUUGUACACAAGUGGCACUUUAGGGCUGUAAAAAGCAUGAUUUUUUUUUAACUCAGAUUCUGCUGUAUAUUUGCCAUGGCACUUUCUACAAUGCAAAUUUUAUUAAGUACUGAACUUCUAGGCUAAAUAUCCAUUACCUUCUUUUAUCAUUUUCUACUUUUUAAGAAAACUGAAUGCUAAAGCCCCAGUAGCCGCCUUUUGGGCAUGUAAUUUUAAAUUCUCCAGUUUCUGUUGCUGUUAUAUAGGGAUCAGCUGGCUAAGAUUUUAAAUCAAGUUGAAUUAAGGGUAUUAAUGUGAAAAAUUAUGACUCUUCCUUUAGGAGGUAGUUAUCCAGAAGACCUGUCUAUUAAGGUGAUGUAUUUUAUGGUAUCUUUGGGUAUGUUCCUGGUAGUUUAAAAAGACUGGAGAAUUUAGGUUUUCAUUAGUACAUAGUACCGUUUAUACAAAUUAGAAAAUGUUAUUUAACAGCUAUUGAAUUAUCGAUCUAUACCUUUAUUAAUCAUUCCUAUUCCCGGCAGUUUUAAAGUUGAAUUAAUAAUCUUAUUAGGGAGAAAAUUCAAUUGUAAAUUGAAAUCAGUAUAAAGAGUUACUAGGUAACUUCAUAUUGCUCCAAAAGAAAUACGGACCUUCCACUGUUCAAUGAGAAUAGUGUUCUACAGAAAUAUUUAUAAAAGCUCUUAAGAUACUUACUGCUACUGUAAUUUUAUAUGAAAAUAAGUGUAUUUUUCAAUAAAGCCAUUUAUAAACUGA